AGUUUUAUCAGAUUUUACUGUUCCGGGAGUUUGUGUAUAUAAGGAACAUCAGCCAAAGAAAGACAGAAGCUUGUUCACUACAACGGUUACCAUGAAGAAAGCCUUUACUCUGCUGCUCCUAGCAGUUUGCCUUUUGGGAGUUUGGUCUCAAGAUGGAAUCGGUCCUAAAACCAAGCCACGGAGCAAACGGCAGACUAACUCGGAUGAUGUUGAGUUUCUAAAUGCACAUAACGACAAGCGUAGAAUCGUCAAUCCAUCUGCCGCCAACAUGUUAGAAAUGAAAUGGAGUCAAGAACUGGCAGACAUUGCUCGCAAUCAUGCACAGAAAUGCGUGUUUGCUCACAAUGGACAGCGUUCUGCCCAGUCUACAACCUUUACCUAUGUCGGUGAAAAUAUCUACAUCGGACCAGCUUCAGCAGCCGCUGUUGUGAAAGAAUGGGAUGAUGAAAAAGCUGUUUACGGAUUUUCCGGAAACACAUGUAGCGGUGUAUGCGGCCAUUAUACACAGUCGUAUUUCGGAAUUGGUCCAUCACAAGGGUCGUAUUACGCUGUGUUCACCAGUUCCUCUACAACACAGCAGUAUGCCUUUUUGGUCGCAGAGGCGUAUCUCCCAGGGACACUCACAGAAAUCCCUGGAAAGAAGAGGGGACUUCUUCGACUCAAAGAUAAGGAUGGCCAGACUGUCUCGAGCAACUCCAAGGGUGAGACAGUCAAUUUCUUUGUUCUAUUUGAUCUAUAUAUUAUAGGACCUUCUAGAAGCAUUUUGAAGCGACAAGUCUUGGCUCCUAGUUCUUUAGACACUCACAUAAGAACUGCACGGCUAUCAAGAAGACUCAAUAGGACAGUGAUAGUGGUAAUUGAUUGUGAGACGGUCCCCUGUAAGAACAACGCCACCUGUCACCAUGAGUCUCACUGUGAGUGUGCCCCGGGAUGGACCGGUCACGUGUGUGAUAAAGAAGUGACACAUCACGUCCAGAAGUAUGGCUUUGAGACAGAGCUGGGGCUGACCAGUGACCCAGGCAAUGAGGUCGACUUCCAACUCGCCACGUAUUCGGAAUACAUCGGAAGGGGAACAGAGGGUAAUAGUUACGCCUUGGUACAGAGUGACACUACAUGCCACUAUCACACACAGCUGUACUCUGAUCCUAUAUACACAGAAAGCAGCUUGCUGAUUGAGUUUGACUACACGACGUACGGUAACGGGGUUCUGGACUUCCAUGUGCUUGAUACGGAUGGUUACGGGACUUACCAUCUCCUUUUUGACACAGGGAACAACGGAAUCUGGAAAUCCUUCAGCUACAGCAUAGCAGGGGGGUACAACAUACAGUACUAUUUCUCGGCGGUUACUGGUGGAGAUCCGUGGGAUUUUUACGGAGCUGUGGCCAUUGAUAACCUACGCAUCACCGUCCAAAAGUGAAAGUAGGAUAACACAAGUUUAUGAAGACCCAAGUCUGCACUAUGUUCUAAAUGUUUCAUGUUGAUCUAUC